AUGCCUGUCUCAUCAACAGACGCGAUCUUCUUCGGCGCGUUCUUCUCUACAUUACUGUACGGCGCCUACUUAGUCGUGGCCUAUGAGUGCUCGCGCGUCCUACUUCGAAGGCGGAAGCAUCGCAGCACCCACAAAAUCUUGGUCGCGACACAUAUCCUCCUCUUCAUACUCGUCAGCAUACGAUGUAUAACCGUUUUGACGCGUACCUUGGUCGGCUUGCGCUUUCACAUUGAAGCAGACGGCACCAUCGACACUGGCGCGCUCAACUCCCCGGCCUCAUUGCUCGUCAACACGGCGUGGCUGCUUGCGAUCCUAACCUCAGACGGCUUCAUUAUAUAUCGCGUCUACGUCGUUUGGAGAGGGAAUGAAUGGGCCAUCCUUGCUCCCGCAAUCGGCUGGAUCUCUGUCGCCGGAAGCGGCAUCUAUCUCCUACACUCCCUGUCGACAUACGGUCCAGGGGCGGAUACCUUUCAGGGUCCCCUCACCAAGUCGAACGUUGCCUUUUGCGCCUUCACGCUGUAUCUGAACCUCACGGCGACCUCCCUAAUCGCCUACCGCAUUUGGUCCGUCCGCCGUGGCGUCCACCUCCUUACGGAGCACACGCGCGACGCCGUCAAUAACCUCGUCUCUAUCCUGCUUGAGUCGGCCGGUAUAUACACCGCACUACUCACCGUGCAUAUCGUACUGUUGGCUGUCGGCUCGCUGCUGAUGUACAUCUGUGUGGACAUGGAGGCGCCGACGAUCGGGAUUGUGUUCUCCUCCAUCAUCAUCCGCGUCUCCGAGGGCACCGCGCACGGGAACACGAGCUCCCUCGGCCCCACAAGCGGCGAUACCUCCGGCUCAGCCGUUCGAGCACGGACGUGGAACUCUGGCGGGCGGCAGUGGGAAUCGAGCGCGCGGCAAACAGGCUUGGGGCACACGCACACUCAAACCAUCGACGUCGCGAUCAAGCUCGAAACCGUCACGCAUCGAGACGCGGACGUAGACCUUGAGGAGGGCUCGGUGACGAGGAGUACGGCGGACCUGGCUGAUUUGGAUAAGCAGAAGACGGAUUCGUGGUGA